CUUUCUCUUUUGCAAGAGCAUCACGCCCUCCAGGGUUUCCGUGGCUGCAAUUCCACCCUUUGCAGAUCAGUUGUUACUUCCGUUCAGGUAUCCACCUCUCUUGUGAAGAAAGCUCCUCCUUCUCUUCCACCCUCGCGGGAGAAUUGCAGAGGGAGGGAACUUGGUCUGGACUUCCUUGGGUGGCCCCUCCGCAAGUACAUUGGCCCUCCCGCACAAUUCCAAGUUGAGCUGCCCUUUGGACAGUUCUGGGGAAAAGAGACCAUGGGAGCUGGGGCAAGUCCGCCGAGGACCCCCUGCUGGCCCAGCAUCUGGCAUUCCCGUGCAAACACCUGAGACACUUCAGGAGAUGAAGUGCACCUUUGCCAGGGCUGAGUAGACGCAGUUGGACAGGUUUGCUGCUGAGCUGGUUUGGCCAGUGCUCUGGAGAUGGGAAGCUACUUGUCUGCCUGGGCUUAUGUCACUCCAAGGAAGCCCUUUUGCUGCUCCGAGUGCCAGGACCUCCUCACCAACUGGUACUACGAGAAGGAUGCCAAGCUGUACUGCCCCAAGGACUACUGGCGGAAGUUUGGGGAGUCUUGCCACGGCUGCUCGCUGCUGAUGACGGGGCCCGUCAUGGUGGCUGGGGAGUACAAGUACCACCCGGAGUGCUUUGCCUGCAUGCAGUGCAAAGCAAUCAUUGAAGAUGGUGACUCCUACGCUUUGGUGCAGCACUCGGCUCUCUACUGUGGCAAAUGCCAUAACCAGUUUGUGCUGACACCAAUGCUCGAACGACUGUCAGCAGAGCCUCUGUGCGAGCAGCUGCCGUAUACCUUGACGCUCCUCUCCAUGCCUGCACCCACCGAUGGCACAAGGGGGUUCGCUGUGGCUGUGGAAGGGGGCUGCUCCCCCUAUGCUGCUACCGUGGAAGUGAAGGAAGUCAACCGAAGGCACAUCAGCCCCGAUGUCCAAAAUGCCAUUCACCCUGGGGACAAAAUCCUGGAGAUCAACGGAAACCCGGUCCGCACACUACAAACUGAAAAGACUGAAUGUGUGUUGUGUUCCAGGCGAAGCAACAGCAUCUCCAAGUCCCCCGGGCCCAGCUCCCCUAAGGAACCGCUCCUCCUGAGCCGCGACAUCAGCCGAUCGGAAUCCCUUCGCUCCUCUAGCAGCGGUUCUCAGCAGAUCUUCCGCCCCUGCGACCUGAUCCAUGGGGAGGUGCUGGGCAAAGGUUUCUUCGGCCAAGCCAUCAAGGUGACUCAUAAAGCCACAGGAAAGGUGAUGGUGAUGAAGGAACUGAUUCGCUGUGAUGAAGAAACCCAGAAGACCUUCCUAACCGAGGUGAAGGUGAUGCGCAGCCUGGAGCAUCCCAAUGUCCUGAAGUUCAUUGGAGUCUUGUACAAGGACAAGAAGCUGAAUCUUCUCACGGAGUACAUUGAAGGGGGGACCCUGAAGGACUUCCUCCGGAACGUGGAUCCAUUUCCUUGGGAACAGAAGGUCAGCUUUGCCAAAGGAAUUGCCUCUGGAAUGGCUUACCUGCACUCCAUGCGCAUCAUUCACCGAGAUCUGAACUCCCACAACUGCCUGAUCAAACUGGACAACACAGUGGUAGUCGCAGACUUUGGCCUCUCUCGGCUGAUUGUGGAGGAGAGGAAGAGGCCCUCCCUGGAGAAGCCACUGGCCAAGAAGCGGACGCUGCGCAAGAGCGACCGGAGGAAGCGCUACACUGUGGUCGGGAACCCGUAUUGGAUGGCCCCCGAGAUGCUGAAUGGACAGAGCUACGAUGAGACGGUGGAUAUCUUCUCCUUCGGGAUCGUGCUCUGCGAGAUCAUAGGACAGGUGUAUGCCGACCCGGACUGCCUCCCUCGCACCCUGGAUUUUGGCCUCAACGUGAAGCUGUUCUGGGAGAAGUUUGUUCCCAUGGAUUGUCCUCCAGCCUUCUUCCCUCUGGCAGUCAUCUGCUGCAGGCUGGAGCCAGAGAGCAGGCCCCCGUUUUCCAAACUGGAGGAUUCCUUUGAAGCCCUUUCUUUGUACCUGGGAGAACUGGGCAUUCCCCUCCCUUCAGAACUGGAGGAACUGGACCACAGCGUGAGCAUGCAGUUUGGCCUGAUUCGGAACAGGCACUCCGACGAUCUGACAUAAGUCCCACCUCUCGGCCUUCGCUGUGCGGCUUCUUUGCACGGAUUGUCCUGGAGGCAGCAGAAAAAGCCUCCAUCUCAGCUGGGGGUUUUUUUUGGGGGGGGGGGCGGGAUGACAACAGGAAGGCGGCCUCUUCUCUCCACCACCAUCAGCCCCCAAGGGCACUUCCUGAAAGCAUCGUUGUCUUCUUCACGCCACUCGCUUCUCAGUCCAGAUGCUCUGCCUUCGGGGAGAGUUCCCAGGAAUCCGGGUGCGGACCUGCCUUCCAACACGAUACACUACAGGUUGUGAAGCCUCCUGGUUGGGCUCACAAAGCAGAAGCCCACCAGGAUGCAAACCUUGGGGUUGCCUUUGACUGUGACUGUUCUGCCAGACCAGGCAGUGGGAGGGCGACCCGAUUGCGUGCACCCCCCUCUCCAGAGGAGACGGCCGAAUUUUGCAGUUUGUCUCCCAGGAACAUCUCCGAACCACCACCUGCCUGGCCAAAGAACUCUUCAUGCACUGUGUGCUAUUUCAUGUCUGCCCUGUGGCCCAGGCGCUGUAGGGACACAGACCUGGGUUGGGGGCAUCUUCUCCAUUUGAGGGAGGGGGUUGAUGGAAAUGGAUCCCUGGAAAGGAAGCCCUUCUAUUCCCAAACUGGCCAGGGGUGGAGCAAUCAACUUGGGCCACAGAUCUGAAAGACGGGCACGUUAUAGAGUCACUACCUCUGUCCUCCAUUUCAAGCCCCUCAGAGAAACACUUGGCUGGGGCCACCUUUCCCCUCCCUCUUCCAGGUGGAGAGAGAGGAAGCUGCGCUGGUUGCAUCCCCUCUCCUCUCUGCAAAAUACAUUCAGGGCUACUUAAAGGUUGGCAAUAUUUAGACCCCUGGACGUUGAACAUCUCCCAGCAGGUCUGGCCACACGUCCCAAGGUUGUGGGUUAUAGUUCACUGGUAUCUGGAGGGUCUUCUAUCCCCCCGCCCCCCUUUCAUGCUACAAGAAAUCGAAAUUGUACACUGGUCUAGGGUGCGAUUGCACCAGGUCUGGUGCAUCUUAGACCAGAUUUCAUUUCAUUCUUAAAAGGUGUGCACAAGCACAUGCACUAUAAACGGGCCAGCUACAGGAAACCUGUAUCAUGCGGUCAAGAAAGAUGACAUGACUGUUCUAAACGCACCAAUUUUUGUCUAAAUUAAAAGCAAUAAACUUUGUUCUACAAAGAUGAAGGC